AUGUUGAAUCUCUUGCCGAAGCGGAAUCCGGCCGUUUCGUUGCUGUACGGCAAGGAUCGCAAGGUAGUAGAGAUAGACCGUUCUGCGAUUGACGAGAUGUAUAAGCACGCUCGCGAUGACGUCGAGUUACACAACGACUUUGUGCCCAUGAAACAUCGCAACUACAUGGAAUACAAGUUGGAUGGCUAUCACUUGAUAGAGGCAUUUGAGAACCCGGACAAGUGCCAUCGCACGCCUCUUGCCGGGGCCAAGCUAUUCGACAAACUGCGCGACACCUACACGGGAAAGCUUCAGCAAACUUGCGUUAAGGUUCUCAAGGAGGUUUCGGAACCGUUUUUCAGCUACCCUAUUCAGGGGCGGAACAUAAAGAGCUAA